AUGAGUGUAGAGAAGCCUAUAAAGAGACGUACAAAGACAGGUUGUUUAACCUGUAGACAAAAGCAUAAAAAAUGCGAUGAAAAGAAACCUUAUUGUGGUUUAUGUACAAAGAAAGGUGCUAAUUGUGUUUAUCCCCCAUCGAGAGAUAGAGUGACAUCAAAUUCAUUCCGAAUUAUUCAAAUCAAUGAAGGUGACAAUGAAUCGAAUUUGAAAAAAUAUUCUUCAAGAUUAUUAGAAACUUUGAAUGAAGAAGAUGAUUCUCCACUGGCCAUCAUUAAAAACCAUUCAAAAUUCGGUACUAAUAUACCUUCCACCGUAAAUAAUAGUGUUACUACUAAUAAUGACCUUACACCUUUGAAUAAUCAUAAUCUCAAUAAUUUAAAUAAGUGUCAUGAUGGUCAUAGCAGUGGUAAUGAAAUGGUUACUUCCCCUGAGAUGAGAUCCAAUCAUAGUUCCAACGGUCAGAUCUCCAAUAAAUCAUCUCCACAUAUGAAUUUCAAUACUACCACCACACCCAAUUUGCAAAAUUUAGUGAAUCAAGAGAAUUCGGAUCCCUUGCAGGGGAUUCUUAAAAAUGCUGAGAGAGUAAUGGUUCAACCAAUACCGCCUACAAAAAGAAAAUCCAUUGAAGAUGAAGAUAAUGAAAUAUCUCCUGAUUCUUUGAUGGCUCCAUUCUUAACUUAUAGUCAUUUACAUCGGACUUUUAGGGAUUAUAUGUUUACUAAUCUUAAUUUACAACCAAACAAUGAUGUAUUGGAUUCAGAUUUCCAAAACAUUUUGGAAAAUCCUUUACCCACAUUUUUAAAUCCUGAUAAUUCCAACAGUAACUCCUCAAAGAGCUUACAAGAGAUUUUGGCGGAGAACAAUUACUUUCAGAAUAUAACAUAUGAUAAUCAGCAUGAUAAUAAUAUUCUUAUUAAUGACAACGAAAAAUUGAUAUUGUAUAAACGAUAUUUGAAUGAAAUAGCUCCUUGGUUGGAUAUGUUUGAUCAUUCCAAACAAUUUGGAUCAAAAAUUCCAGAGCUUGCUAAGAAAAAUCAAGCAUUGUUGAAUUCCAUUUAUGCUAUAGCGUCAAGACAAAUUGAACAAACUAAUCCUAUAUAUGAAUCCAAAAUCACCAUCAAGUUAUAUCAGGACACUUUGAAAUAUUUGAUUCCUACUGUUAACAAAACAUUGGAUAUUUCAUCCAUUACUAGUACAGUAAUUCUUUGUGUGUUCGAAAUGAUGAGUUCAUCUCCUAGAAAGUGGAGAUAUCAUCUUGAAGGUUGUGCAGCAUUAUUCAAAGCGCAUGGAAUCCAUGGAUUCUCAGAUGAUCUAGAAAGAGGAUUGUUUUGGUGUAUGGCCAGAAGUGACGUUUGUUGUGCCAUCAUAGAUGAUUCUCCAACUAUUAUCCCUUCAGAAUUUUGGAUUCCUUACAAUUGUAAUGUUAGAGAUCUGAGAGAAUUAUUUAAUGGAAAUUUCGGUAAUAAAGUUGACAUGUAUGCUAACUAUAUGGUAUUCUUGACCGCAAGAGUUGUCAAUAUGAUAGCUGAAACUAAAGAAAAUUACGAUGAUGAGUGGAAAUAUUUAUGGGAUGAAAUAAGUGACUGGUUUAUCAAAAAACCUAUAGAAUUUGAACCAGUAUUGACUUUUAAUGAUGUACCAUUCCCAGGUAUUUUACUUCUUAAUGGUCCAGCUAUAUCUGCCAUUCAAAUGUUCCAUAUGGCUGUAAUCUUGUUAAUACAAAAUAAACCAAGAUUAACAACUAUAACUCAUGUAGAGCAUAUGAAAUCUCCUAUCUGGCAUGCUAAACAAAUUUGUAGUAUAAGUUUACAUAAUGAACAUCAUGGAUGUUGGAAUAAUGCCUUACAACCUUUGUGGAUUGCUGGUCAAUUAUUAAGUAGUAGUCAAGAACAUGAGAUUGUUUUGAAUUUAUUAUCUAAAAUCGAAAGUACUACUGGUUGGCAAAUGAAUUUUAGAGCCAAUGAUCUUAAGAAAUAUUGGGAUGAAAACUUAUAA